AUGGUCUUAACCGUUGUAGACAAUGAACAACAAGCUCGACAAUGUGGUCGUAUGCGAGCCAAGGAGAUUUUUCAACCCAUGCGCUGGAAACGCAUUGGUACCUUAUCAGACGAAGCGGCCAAGCUGUACGAGAAUGUAAGACAUGGUUCCAGUAAUCAAAGCAGUCAUUCUUACAGUUUACGAGCUGUUAAGCCAUUGCAGGCAUCAUUGGCAGAAGUUGAAGCAGUAUUAACUGGACAAACAGCUUUCUUCGGGACGGAGAAGAUAUCGUCAGUUUUGGCAAGAUUACUACCAGCUACGUACGUAUCUGGUGGUCGUAUUAUCCGGUAUCCGGUGCUAAAGCAUUCGACAAGUGAACGAGAGAAUGUAGAGCUCCAAUAUGCUCGAUUAAAGCCAUAUACAGUCAUGACACAGGAGCAGAAAACGAAGAAUACUGUGCUCUUGGAAUCGAUGGAUAAUUACGUGCUCUUGGGGUACACGUUAUCGACCAAGUUGCAGCGUUCGGAUACGAGUAAAAGAAAGAGUUUGAGUGUAGCGGCACCGGUGCCGUCGUUGCUGCAUUUGUUUCGACCUGUGGCUGUAUCAGCAUUUGCAGAGAGAAGACACGACUUUAGCACAGAGAGGCUGUCGCCCAAUGAUUUUGGCAUUACGUACAUUAUCCAGGAAAUGCCAUCAAGUCAAGAGGAUGGAAACCAACAGAAAGAGAUAGAGCAAACAGUGACGCUCGAAGUCGUGCUGACGUGCUCACUGGACCCGAAACAAGGGAUUGCAAUGGGAGAUGAAGAUUUAAUGGAAAUUGUACGUCAACAGAAGCAACGACUGCGACACGACGCACUGUGCUUAACUCGAUUGCAGCCAUUCAUUGAUGCGUAUCGACAGGAAAAAUUUGGACCGACAAUGUCUCCGAACCAACCGCGAGAGCCGCAGUUUGACCCGAAAAACUGUGAUCCAAACCUGCUGCGUGGAAGCAUGUUUGCUGGUGGACGGACAUGCGGUAUCUGCCAUCGAAAGUUUAGGCCAUUCCGAUGGAAACGGCAGUGUGAGACAUGCGAGAAGAUCGUAUGCAACCAGUGCAUGUCUGUUCUGGCAGAAGCACGGUCCCUUUCGCGACGCAAGAAACGUUUGUGUUCGCAGUGUGUCUACAGCGAGACGAGCAAUGUCGCUGCGAUGCACAAAGCAGCAGCGGACGCAGCACAAGAUGAUGAAAAGAGCGCGGGUGGCUCGGCCAUAUCGGUUAAGGCUCACGUAUCGUCUAAGAACUCAACGAUGAAUGUCUUGCAGUUCCCAAGUAUAGAUUUACUGAUCACGAAGCACAAGUCGCGUCGAUCGACAGCUCCUGUUGAAACUGGAACUUUAUCGGAGGCCUUUAGCCGUGUUCAGAUUGAUUUCGGGCUAGACCCUUCACUUGUUUCAACCUCUUCAAAAGCUCCUGAUCGACGACGUGCUCGGUCACGGCAGUCACAACUUUCGCAAGGAUCGGUUGGUAGCACAACUUCUAAUGUCAGUGGCACGAGUAGUUUGUUUGGUGCAUCUAUUGGCAACCGACGCGCAACAAUGCCCAGCCACACGGAUCUUGGUGCCGUUGAGUUCGCAGAGGCCGAGUCAAUGCGCUCUCGACGCGCGAAGACUGUACUGCUAGACGACCUUCGGAAGACGCCCGUGACCUACAAAGCGCUAGACUUUACGUCUCACUCGUCUUCUUCCCCGACACAUUACUUGUAUCCUACGUCGGAGGAGAAAGCUGGUUACGAAGAGGAACAGCAGCAAAAGGUUGCCGGACCUCAUGCAAGCUUAUGCCGGACUUCCGAAUAUCAAUAUGUCAAGCUUAAGACACCUGAACCGGACUAUGAACUGGAUUUCAGCUGGUUUAACAUUUUUCCCAAGGCUCCCGUUGAUCGGACUGCUGAUGAGUUGGCCCGCGCAAGAUAUGUUGAGGUGACUGGCUUGAAAAUGGAUGCUCGCUUGCUUGUGUUGCUACGCCAUGACAAAGCGCUGGAAGAUUUGGCAAGCCGUGUGCUUGAAGUAGCCUCUCAGUGGGAUACCUGCAGCAUCAAUAUCGUUGGUAGCUUUGAAGUCUACUGCCUCGUGACGGCUUUCAACAAGCCCGAACUCGAUCUUGAUUAUGACAUGUUGAAGCUGGAGGCUUCUCCAGUUAUGGUCGACGACGUUGUUUCUCGGGAAGAAAGUGUGAGCUCUUAUGUGGUGCAUCACCGGUCACCAUUCUUUGUGGCCGAAAUGGAGCAUGAUCCACGCUUCCGAGCCCACCCGCUCCACACAGAACAGCGUGCCGUAUCGUUGCUAAGCUUCCCCAUUUACUCGUCCGGUGCUGAUACUAGUGGUUCGAUGGCUCAGGGUGAUGCCUAUUGUGUCGCCACGUUAGACUUGUUGAAAAGAGACCAAGUGCCUGCAAGCAGCCACGUUUCUCACGACUUGGUGUCCAAUGUUGGUGAUUUGCUCCGCAAGAUUAGUGCUCGUCUAGAAGUUGUGGCCUUGGAGUCGUACGCGCUCCAUAAACCUCGUCAUCGCGCUACUCACUCGUUCGGAUCGUCAUGUGAUUCUAGAAACAGCACUCGACGAGCCGAUUCGAUCACCGAACUGUACGAUAUCGAUAGCGACUCCGUGGUAGCUUCGCCUUCGUGUUUUCAAGCCGCGACUAUGGAUCGACUCACGAGUCUUUCAUACGCCAAGGUUCGUGGCAUUGGUCUGGGUGGCAUUGGUCUGGGUGGCAUUGCUGGUCCCGGGUCAUCGACGUGGAAGUACGAUAGCGACAAUGAAAGUACUACGUCCAGCCAAAGUGCUACUAGCACUUGUAGCCAGAGCUCGCGCUUCUCAUCACACCUCUAUUCGGCCGCAGACAUGCACUCGACGAUUGAAUCGUUGCUGCAGCAAGCUUCGAAGACUUCCCGGUACAUUAGCGAGACGGGAGUGUCCAUUUAG